AUGGGCACCACGAUGUCAGUCAUUAAGACCUUGAUCGUGCCUGCCAUCAUCUCGCUCAUUCUUUUCCUCGUUUCGACCUACGUUGCCCUGCCGCUCUGGCGCAGAUGGCGCAGUCGUUAUAGCCAAUAUCUACCUCUCGAUACCAUAUCGACCUCGACUGUGUCAUUACGACACCGCGUGCAAAAUGCGAUUGCAAGGAUGAUGGUCCCGUCAACCUGGCGGCGGAAUGCUCAUGAACGACUCGUCAUCGCGACCGACGCUUCCGAAGACGGUUAUUCGUCAGAAGAUGGCGAGGAGCUUGGGGAGGUUGGUGAAGAUACCCGGAGAGCUCUGACAGAAGAUACUCGGCGAGACAGGCAUGACAGCACGAGGCGCUUGAGCCGAGACCUGGAAGAGGGCUUUAGAGAUGACAGUGACGAUGAAGAUGAUGGAGCUGGUAAUAGGCGGUAG